UAACGAGGCCAGGCUCGCGCCGCGUCCCCUCUUUCCCAGGCUCAGUGCUUCCUCCCCCCGCGCCCCGCGCGCAGCGCGCUGAGCUGGCGCCGGGCUCCGUUUGCACAGCACGGGGACCGACGGGCACGGCUGGGAGAGCCGCUUUCCCACGUUCCACCUCCCGGAUACAGAGUCCCUGGGGGAAACCAAGCUUUCCUCCCAGAGCCAGGGGAGCGAGCUGAGGGGGCAGCUGCUUUGGAGGCUUCUGAGGAGACAGCCUGGCUUCUUUCCCUACUUCUUGGAGAGCGCAGGAAACCUCAGGUACCUGGUGACCCCAGCCGAAUAAAGGAACGCUGCUCCCUGGCCAGCAAGCAGCCCCCAACCUGGAUGGAGUGAAAGAUGCGGCCUGAUGACAUUAACCCGAGGACUGGGCUGGUGGUGGCCCUGGUCAGUGUCUUCCUGGUCUUCGGUUUCAUGUUCACCGUCUCUGGGAUGAAAGGGGAGACUUUGGGAAACAUCCCCCUCCUGGCCAUCGGGCCGGCCAUCUGCCUACCAGGCAUUGCGGCCAUUGCCCUGGCCAGGAAAACCGAGGGAUGCACCAAGUGGCCGGAGAACGAGCUGCUGUGGGUCCGCAAGUUGCCCUGCUUCCGGAAACCCAGGGACAAGGAGGUGGUGGAGCUGCUGAGGACCCCUUCAGACCUGGAGUCCGGCAAGGGGAGCUCAGAUGAGCUGGCUAAGAAGGCGGGCGUCAGGGGGAAGCCUCCCCAACAAGGCCAGGGUGAGGUGUCUGUGGCCAGCUCCAUCACCACCCCCACACCCACGGAGGAAGGAGAAUGCCAGAGCCUGGUCCAGAGUGGGCAUCAGGAGGAGACGUCCAGAUACCUGGACGGCUACUGCCCCUCAGGCAGUUCCCUUGCCUACAGUGCCUUGGACGUCAAGUGCUCAGCCUGGGACAGAUCUGAGUGCCCUGAGCCUGAGGACAGCAUCUUCUUUGUGCCCCAGGACAGUAUCAUCGUUUGCUCCUACAAGCAGAACAGCCCCUAUGACAGAUACUGUUGUUAUAUCAAUCAGAUACAAGGCAGGUGGGACCACGAGACCAUCGUCUAAUCUGUGCAUACAAAGGUCACUGGAUUCAUAGAAACAUGACUAUGCCCAGCUCCCCAUGGAAGAAAAUUGCUCUGCUUGGAGAGCCUUCACACCGUUAGAAAUUGACCUGGUAUGUGAUGGGUGUGAUAAUAUCUGGUGUCCGAGAGUCAUGUAAAUAGGCAUGUUGGGGACACACUUUAGGGAAGGGUGAUAAGGAUUAAGGACACUGGAAGAGGCAGUGGGUAGGAAAGGAAGUUACUCCGGUUGCUUCUUAACAAUUUACACAAUGUUGAAUGUUUUGUAAAAUAACCCAAAAAGUGCUAUCCAGGACCAGCUGAAAGCAAGAUAAAUCUAGAGUGGGCUACAGAUGUGAGGCAUCAAACGAUGCAUGAGCUGUCCAUAGGGAAAGUGAGCUGCUUUGUUUUUGAAGAAA